GCGCACCAGGACCUCCGGUGUGGGCGGUGUCUGUAGCAGAACAAGAGAUCUGUUCAAAUGAGUCACUGAAGAGUCUGUCUCCUUCUCCACCGGGAAAAAGACACGUCCAAUCCUUUAUUUCACUCUUAAAUCUCCUCCGUGGACUCACAUGGACUGGGCUGAUCGAGUUUAGACUUUUAAAACUUGCUCAAAAACAACAAAACCACAUUUCUUCGUGUUUGUGGUUGGAUUUUACUAAGGAAUUAGCCGAGUCUUCAACAAAACUCGUAAUCACUGGACUUUUUCUUGCCCAGACGUUUUAAAAACCAGAUGUCAGCCUGAACCAAAGAUAACUUCAUAAGAUGUUGUUGCGGUUGCUGUGUGUGUCUGUGGCUCUGCUCCUCGGACUCUGUGCAGCUCAGAAAGAGGGCAGUAUUUGUAUCAAGGCCAAUGCUCAGUCAUGUGGAGAGUGCAUCCAGGUGUCAGAGACGUGCGGCUGGUGCUCCGACGAGAAUUUCCUGAGCGUUGGUGAGGCUAAAUCCGCUCGCUGCGAUGACCUCCAGUCCCUCUCGGAACGCCACUGCCCUCCAGGGAAAAUCGAGAAUCCGCGAGGAAGCACCAAGAUCGACAAGAACCAACCAGUGACCAACCGCAACAAGGAAUCCACUGAGAAGCUCAAGCCUGAACAGAUCACCCAAAUCCAGCCACAGAAACUCACACUCACCCUCAGAUCUGGAGAGCCUCAAACCUUCUCUCUGAAGUUCAAGCGUGCCGAGGACUACCCCAUAGACCUGUACUACCUCAUGGACCUGUCCUUCUCCAUGAAAGACGAUCUGGAGAACGUCAAGAACCUGGGGACUGAUCUCAUGAAGGAGAUGCAGGCCAUCACCACAGACUUCAGGAUUGGUUUUGGUUCUUUUGUGGAGAAGACGGUGAUGCCGUACAUCAGCACGACUCCUGCACGCCUCAUAAACCCCUGCACCGGGAACCAGAACUGUACCAGCCCCUUCAGCUACAAGAACGUGCUCAAACUCACAGACAGAGGAGAUGAAUUCAACCGCCUGGUGAGCCAACAGCAGAUCUCCGGCAACCUGGACUCUCCGGAGGGCGGGUUCGACGCCAUCAUGCAGGUGGCAGUCUGUGAGGAGCAGAUUGGUUGGAGGAAUGUCACGCGGCUCUUGGUCUUCUCCACAGACGCUGGGUUCCAUUUUGCCGGAGACGGAAAACUAGGCGGGAUCGUGCUUCCCAAUGACGGGAAGUGUCACCUGGAGAACAACAUGUACACCAUGAGCCACUACUACGAUUACCCCUCCAUUGCUCACUUGGUGCAGAAACUGAGUGACCACAACAUCCAGACCAUCUUCGCCGUGACAGAGGACUUCCAGCCCGUCUAUAAGGAGCUGAAAAAUCUCAUACCAAAGUCAGCUGUGGGAACUUUGUCCUCCAACUCCUCAAACGUCAUCAAACUGAUCAUCGACGCCUACAAUUCGCUGUCAUCGGAGGUGAUCCUGGAGAACAGCAGACUGCCUGAAGGCAUGUCCAUUUCCUACAAGUCCCACUGUAAGAACGGAGCCGAAGGAACUGGAGAGAAUGGACGCAAAUGCUCCAACAUCUCCAUCGGUGACGAGGUGACCUUUGACAUCUCCAUUGCGGCUCAGAAGUGCCCAGAGCACGGGAAGUCAGAGGUGAUAAAGAUCAAACCUCUGGGCUUUAACGAGGAGGUGGAAGUGGUUUUGAACUUCAUCUGUGAGUGUGAGUGUUCUCUUGGCGGAGAACCUCAGAGCGAGAAGUGCCAUGAAGGAAACGGGACCUUCGAAUGCGGAGCCUGCAAGUGUAACGAGGGGCGAAUUGGGCGUCUCUGUGAGUGCAGCAAAGAUGAGGUCAGAACCGAAGACCUGGACGCAAACUGCCGAAAAGACAACGGCACCGACAUCUGCAGCAACAACGGAGACUGUGUGUGUGGAACGUGUGAGUGCAAGAAACGAGAGAACCCAGCGGAGGUCUACAGUGGAACGUACUGCGAGUGUGACAACUUCAACUGUGACCGCUCCAACAAUAAACUGUGCGGAGGACACGGGCGGUGCGAGUGCAGGAAGUGUAUCUGUGAUGCUAACUUCACAGGCAGUGCGUGCGACUGCUCUCUGGACCGGACUUCUUGUUUGGCUAAAAACGGUCAGAGCUGUAACGGCCGUGGUACCUGUGAGUGUGGCAUCUGCAAAUGCACUGACCCCAAGUUCCAGGGUCCCACAUGUGAACUGUGUCCCACCUGCCCUGGAGUGUGCGCCGAACACAAGGACUGUGUUCAGUGCCGGGCGUUUGAGACGGGGGAGAAGAAGGAGACGUGUGAGCGUGACUGUAGUUACUUCUCCAUGAUUAAAGUGAAGGACCACAGCCGCCUGCCUCAACCCACAGACCAGAGCUUCCCCCUGACCCACUGCAAAGAGCGAGACCACAACGACUGCUGGUUCUAUUUCACCUACAGCGUCGACAACAACACCAAGGAGGUGUAUGUGGUCGAAAAACUGGAGUGCCCUCCUGGCCCGGACAUCAUUCCCAUAGUCCUGGGAGUGGUCGCUGGGAUCGUGCUCAUCGGUUUGGCCCUGCUCCUCAUCUGGAAGCUCCUCAUGAUCAUCCACGACAGACGCGAGUUUGCCAAAUUUGAGAAAGAGAAGAUGAACGCCAAAUGGGACACUGGAGAGAAUCCGAUCUACAAGAGUGCAGUGACGACUGUGGUCAACCCCAAAUAUGAGGGCAAAUGAUAGACCGCGGCUGCUCUUCUGUUUGACACUGUAAAAAUCUGAACACAAUACACUGCAAAAAAUGAACAUCUACAGGAGCAAAAAGGACUGGUUUUGAGUAGUGCUGAGUACUGACUGGUUUACUUAUCACUGUGUUUCAGAUGACAUCACAACAUUCUGUAGGUCAAUAAUAUUUAAUACAGAUGGGGACACAAAAUGAAUCCUGUUCAAAUGUAGGUUUGUGUUGCAAUACAGUGAGUCUAGUCACUGAUAGAAAUGAUAAGGUUCAACAUUUCUGAAUUUAAGUUUUGCAUAUUUCUCUGCAAAGUACAAUGUAAUCAACAGGGAAAACUGUAUAACAUCACAUUCUACAAUCUGAAAACCACUCAUUCAUUAUCAGGCCCAAGUCAAAUUUUUAACCAGCAUUCUCUUCCACAGGCAUGGGGCUGUGCAAUACACGGAAUGGUUGCUCCAAUUAACUACAAAAAUGGCCCACUGAAACGUACAUAAUUCCUUUUCCAAUUUUAUUUUCCUAAUCAGUGAUGUACGUAAGAUUCGACAGCGUUGCGUAGUCAUUUUGGUACAAAUGAAAAAAAAAAUCUGCUUCUCUCUAGUGUGAUGUACAACUAUUCAUAGGAGGGGCCGACAGCAUGUGCCGCUUUCUAACAUGGAAGUCAGUGGACUUGUUCCUUUUAUUAAGUUGUUUUAGAUCAAUAUUGCGAUAUAAAUGUCUAAAUUAUAACAUAAUGAUCUAUGGGUGUCAUCCAUUAUAACUAUAAAGCAGAUACAAGCCCAAUAGGACUGAUUUGGCUCAUUCUGCCCCAAAAAAGCCACAGAUCUGAUCCAAAAUGGCUUUAAAACAGAAAUCACUAAACAUUCAUCAAAGUCAAUUCUUCCUCUGCAGGUGCACGUUUGACAGUAAAUGAGUUUCAAAUCGUGGUUGUUCUAUUGUAAUCAAAUUAAGAUUAAUAUUAUGAAUUGUAAUGGUGUAAACUCCUUUAGAUACUCAUUUUAUGCAGUGUGAAUUCUAUAAUGGUGCCUUGACUCCAGCGCACCCAGCCACUGUCUUUUAACUAGUUGUUUUUUGUUUUUUUUUAAGCAUUUUGUAAUUUGUACAGUUUUUUUAGGGUUGGGAGGGGAAUCUGUUUUUGAUUAUAAUUAUGCACUGCAAAAAUGUCCAUAUUGUUCAAAUGACUUCAGAUCAGUGUAACUUGACUGAGUAUAUUAAGGAAAUGUUUAUAGUAAUACCAACUGUUUCUUAGACAAUCUUUAUUUAGGAAAUUACUUGGACACAUAGGCUCACACUCUACAAUAUAAUAUACAAUAUACGAAGAGGAAAAACUAUAUGGUAACACAAUUCAAAAUAAUUAAGAGGGCAUGUUAUGCAAAAUUUACUUUUUGUAGCUUUCUACCAUGUUAUAACGUUGUUCCCUCAUCAAAAACAUGCAUGAAGAGGUUUUAGAUGUCAUUUGUAUGUUUGAGUAAUCAAGCGAUCUCUCCCGGGCACUAUUUGAACCCUCCUUAGGGUUCACUGUAUGAUCCUGUACAAGGCUCCGCCCACAGGUCUACAUCACCCACGCUCCCACACAACAAUUCUCCAUAAAUAUACAAAAGCAUGAUACAAAACUGUACACAGCAACUUGACAAACCUGAUGUGAUGUGCAGUAGUUUCUUUAGCGGGAUGCAGCUGAUUGUGCUGUGACAGUGCUCUGAAGGGAAUGACUUGAGCAUCAGGAAUGAAAGUGAAACUUAUAAAACUUAUGUUCUUCUGGGUGAAUAUAGCAUUUUCAAAACAAAAGGUAACAUAUUGAUCUAAAUUAGCAGUUAAUACCCCAUGGAAAUGUAAUACCCCUUCUGACUUAUGAAGAUGGUGGUUGUAAUGCAUAAAAUGAUGUGCAAGUGGACCAGGAAUAUGACAAAAUGUACAGUGAAUUCAAGUAAUUGAUGCUUUUUGUCUAAACUUCAUAUUUUAAAAUGAAGUCAUUUGAACUCAUUUGGAUACCCUUUUUUUUUUUACAGUGCAGCUGUGCCUUUUUAUACAUUUAAAGCCAUCAGUGUUUUUAGAGUGAUGUUGAUGAAAAUGUAAUGCCAAAUAAUUGUUUUGUUGUGUACGUUUGGGGUGUUUUGUCCCGGUGUAUCAGGGCCACAGUCAGCUAUACAUUUUAAAGGAGUUGAGGCUUUUCUAGUAUCUUUGACUCUCAGAUGUAAACCAGUUUAGCUCAAGUUGAUAAAGAAAAGCAUAUUUCCAACUAGGGCUGCAAGAUUAAUCACAAUUAGCAAAGACUGUGCCAUCAUUUCUUCCACAAACAAAAUCUCCGGUCUUAUUCUGUAUAAAAACUGCUGACCCUGUAGUUUAGAUCUGUACAAACAUGUUCUGAAAUGUGAUGUGUUAGUUUGUCAAUUCAUAUUUCAGCCUUUGUCAAUUCUUCUGGAUGUGUUUAAAAUGUGAACUAUGAACAGAAAUUGUAAAUCCAAUCGCAGUCGCAAGUAGAUAUUUUUUACCAAAGAGUUCAGACUUAUUUCCAUCUGAUUUCGAGGCAGAGCGCAUUAGUCAUGACACACACCACCAAGCUUCUUUCAAUAGGUUAUACUUGUGGCCAAAUACACCAGUGCAGUUUUUUCCAUAAUUUCUUUUAGCUUUUAUUCCAUUGUUGCACCAAAAGUUUGUUUCACCGUGACAUGUGCAAAGCCAAGUUUAAACGAACUGAACAGCCAACCACAAUGCAUCUUUUAAAUAAUGUGUGUUUCUAUAUAACUCAGGUUUUAUGCAUUUAAUUUGUUAGCAAUUUUGUGCUUAUUUUGUAUGGUAUGUACAGAAAAUGAAUUGUGUAAUGUUUAAGUUUGAGCAGGUAGAGCAGAAAAUGGGACUCACUAAUGAUAAAAUGUCAAAUAUGGUUAAAAUGACCAGAAUUAGGAAUAUUCAUUUAAUCUUAAUAUUAACCUGUUGAUUGGUUUUCUGUAAGUAUUUUGCCUUUUUUUUAACUUCACUCUUAGGUAUUUUUGACUGGUUUGAUGUUAACUUUGUCACAGCAAAAGUGCAUUUAGAUGCUCUAGACUUGCCUUUUUUUACUCCAGCUGCAGUUAAGAUUGAAAUAAUUGUAUCUAUGCAAAGUGAAAACUAGUCAAAAUAUUCUUGAGACCCCAUAAUCUAAAAUGAGAAAAAAGUGCCUAUUAAUAUUCUAAAUUCUAGCCAUUUUAACUGUUGAUAAAUCGUGUGGUGCAUUCCAGAGUUGAGUGACAAAGAGGACAAAGUUAUAAUGCCAAAUAUUCACAAUCCUGCCUUAAUGUUAUGUUAAUUUCCUUGUUUUUAUUGUUUGUGAUUAUAGAAUUCUGAUACAUUUUGAGUGUCCUUUUAAUUCAAAUGUCAUAGGAAUCGGGUUAGGAUCAUUUCAUUUAGAAUAGAAAAAUCUGCACGUUUUUACCACUGUUUUAAAGUGCCUUUACCGUCACCAGAGCCACAUUUACAACUGUUUGGAUUUAUUUAUUGAAUAAAACUCACCCCAGUGUCUAUAAAA